UGUAAUUACUCUGAUUUUACUGAGUUUGGAAUGAGAACAGGGCACCCUAGAUAUUUUAAUCAACUUUCAACUGGAUUGGACAUGGUUGGAUUGGCAGCAGACUGGCUGACAUCAGCAGCAAAUACUAAUAUGUUCACCUAUGAAAUUGCUCCAGUGUUUGUACUUUUGGAAUAUGUCACACUAAGGAAAAUGAGAGAGAUGGUUGGCUGGCCAGGGGGCUGUGGCGAUGGGAUAUUUUCACCUGGUGGUGCCAUAUCUAACAUGUAUGCUAUGUUGAUUGCACGUUUCAAGAUGUUCCCAGAAGUUAAAGAAAAAGGAAUGGCAGCUAUUCCCAGACUGGUUGCCUUCACAUCAGAACAUAGUCACUUUUCUGUGAAGAAAGGAGCUGCGGCCUUGGGUAUUGGUACAGAUAGUGUGAUUCUGAUUAGAUGUGAUGAAAGAGGGAAAAUGAUCCCAUCAGACCUUGAAAGAAGAAUUCUUGAAGCCAAACAAAAAGGAUUUGUUCCUUUUCUGGUGAGUGCCACAGCUGGGACAACAGUGUACGGGGCAUUUGAUCCUCUCAUAGCUAUUGCAGACAUCUGCAAGAAAUACAAAAUCUGGAUGCACGUGGAUGGAGCAUGGGGUGGCGGGCUCUUGAUGUCAAGAAAACACAAAUGGAAGUUGAAUGGUGUUGAAAGGGCCAAUUCGGUGACCUGGAACCCUCACAAGAUGAUGGGUGUCCCACUGCAGUGUUCAGCCCUGCUAGUAAGAGAAGAGGGAUUGAUGCAGAGUUGCAAUCAAAUGCAUGCUUCCUACCUCUUUCAACAAGACAAGCACUACGACCUGUCUUAUGACACGGGAGACAAGGCUUUGCAAUGUGGACGGCAUGUUGAUGUCUUCAAGCUAUGGCUGAUGUGGAGGGCAAAGGGAACCACAGGAUUUGAAGCACAAAUUGAUAAGUGCUUGGAACUUGCAGAAUACCUAUACAAUAAAAUAAAGAACAGAGAAGGGUAUGAAAUGGUGUUUGAUGGAAAGCCUCAGCACACAAACGUCUGCUUCUGGUAUAUACCUCCCAGUUUGCGCAGUAUGGAAGACAACGAAGAAAGAAUGAGCCGCCUUAUGAAGGUGGCACCAGUGAUAAAAGCCAGGAUGAUGGAAUAUGGAACGACCAUGGUGAGCUAUCAGCCCCUGGGAGACAAAGUGAACUUCUUCCGGAUGGUCAUCUCAAACCCCGCAGCAACUCACCAAGACAUUGAUUUCCUGAUUGAUGAAAUAGAACGCCUGGGACAAGAUUUAUAAUAAUCGGGUGUGAAAGUCUGUUCCUGGACCUCUAAGUAGACAAUUAAGUUGUCACAAACUGUGCGAAUGUAUUUGUAGUUUGUUCCGAAGUAAAUCUAUUUCUAUAUCGUGGCGUUGGAGUAGAGUACAGUUUAAAAUCAAGAAACAUGGCUCCUUUAAAGUCCUUUCCUGAGUUUUAGAAUACCUCCUUAAUAAUUAGCUGCACAAAAAGCUGCAUUGAAACAAAUAAGAAAGAACAGAAGAUACUUAAAAUUAUAUCCCCAAUUUUAACACAGCAACGACUUUAAAUUAAAAGCAAUCAGACUGAAUGAUGCCAAAUUUGCCCAAAAUUAUGACAAAAUCAAAUUGGGGGAAGUGGGAGGGGGCGGUGAGAAGCAGGGUAUACAAGCUGUAUGUUUAAAAGUGAAAGUAUUUUGCCUUUUUCGUAGUAUUAGAACAGAAUUUCUAAUUUACCUAUAGCAACAUUUCAAAUAUAUUUAAAUAGGUAUAGUUUUACAAAAGGAAAGAGAUAUAUAUAUUAAAAAAAUCCUAUUUUGUAAACUAUAUAUUUUUAUUUUAUAUGGGUUAUAAAACUGCAAGGACAGAAGCUGAAAAUUAACUAGGAUUCUUUUUCUUUUGAUGGAGGUGCCUCAAAUAUUUAUUACUGCUUAUUUUAAAAUAUAAGCCCACAUACUACAUUCUU